AUGGAUCGCAUCAAGGAGAAAAUGAACCAGCUGCGCCUGGAGGCAGACGAGUCUUCCGCCAAGGCCGAGGAGCUCCAGUCUAAGGUCAAGGUGCUCGAGCAGGAGAAUCUGUCCAAGGAGCAAGAGAUCACAUCUCUGCAGCACAAGAACGGUCUCCUCGAGUCCGAGGUCGAGAAGCUCGAGACGGCUAUCAAGGAUUUCAAGAAGGCCGCCGACGAGGGCCAGCAGCAUGGUACUCAGAAUGAGACCCUGUCACGGAGACUCCAGCUUCUCGAGGAGGAGGCCGAGGAAGCAGACAAGACGCUCCGUGAGGCUAAUGAGAAGCUUCGUCAAACAGAUGUCAAGGCCGGCCACUUCGAGCGAAAAGUCCAGGCCCUCGAGGCCGAGCGCGACCAGUGGGAAUCCAAGUACGAGGAGAUGGCCAAGAAGUACGCCACGGUUCAGAAGGAGCUAGAGGAGUUCCAGCAAGAGAUUGGCAACAUCUAA